GGCUCAUUGAAGUAAAAUACUCAGUAAAUUCCUUCAUUAACUCUCAUAAAUUGCUGUAUCAUGAAUGAAGUUGUACUUUUUUUUAGGUGUUUGGUAAGCAGGAGUCUGUUCAAAGAUAUAUUGAUCAGGGUACAGCCGGCAGAGAAGGUAAACAGGUCCAGAGUUGGUUUCCAGCUUGUGGAAAGUAAAAUGUUUCUAAUUCCAGAGUAAAACAGGUUCAACAGGCUGUGAUGUCACACCUGUCACCAACAUGGUACGUGUUUCCUCCUGCCAGCCCAACUUCCUCAUUCGUCCCAGGUAAGACCACUUCUUUGAUUCACUGUCUCGCUUAUGUGUGUUUAAUUCGAGGAGGAGGACAGGUUUGACUCUGCGGGCUGUAUCUGGAGUGUUUUUGUACAUGGCGUAUCGCAGGUCUGUGCCUGUUUGGAUCAGACUCCUGGGCUCGGCUGCUUCUUGUUUACAUAAGAGAAGAAUCCCAUGUGAGCUUGAAUUACUUGACUGCAUUCAGAUAAUGUGUUUAAUGUCUGAUACGGUUGGUUUUAAGUAUCAUGUUGGCUGGAAAUCACAUCUUGAGGUUAAGCAGUGAAGUUUUAACGAUCAGGAUUCAGUGACGCUGUGGUGUUAUUUUAAGCUUUAUGUGUUAAAUAAGAAUUUAGGGAGAUUGUGACCUACUUUUAACACUCCACCUUGCUCUAACAAUGAAUUAAAAAUAGAUCUUAUAUAAUAUCAUUCCAAAAUCACACAUAGAAUUGCUACUUCUUUUGUUUUUAAACACAUUAAAAUAAAGAAUAUUGCAAUAUCACCACACAUGAGUGUUAAAGUACUCUGUAUUUCCCUGUGAUGUUUUAGGGUGUGUGUUAAUGCGGUCACUUUAAACCUCUGCUCCUCUCUGAAACUGGCCAACACAUAAUGCUCUGUAGCUAACCUCUCUUUUAUUGAGGGGCAGUAAUGAAGAGGGGAAAUGAUACCAGGAAGUCCCACCACCUGAGGCAGUCAGAUGAAGUUUGAGUGGAGGUUUUCACAUGUGAGGAAUCAGCCUGAGAGUUUUGAUGCUAUGAGGGUCAACUUUGACAUAGUUGGCAGAGAGAAAGAACUGCAGGUUACAAGAAACUUGCUCCAUGAAAGACUCAGUGACAGAUUUGUAAAUGUAUCCAGAUACAGUCAGGCGAAAACUGCUCUGUGAUGUGAGGCUUUGGCAUUGAUGGUUCUUAAAUUUCUUUUAAGGAAGAAUGAUUCAGAGAUGUUGCUAUAGAAGAUAAAUGACAGUUUUAUUUGCUGAGUUUUUACUGAGCAUGUUUGAACACACUGGGUUGGGUUAAAAAUUAGCUUUUCCUGAAUGAACACAAAACUGAGAAACGUGGUAAAAGAGGGAACGGUGUUAUCAGUGUUAUCACUGCCUGACUAACAAACGCACUAAGAGGGAUAGAUGAAGUCAUUAAUAGAAUCAAACUGAACUGAAUAAGAUUGGUAGAAUCAGUUGAAUUCAGGAAAGAAUUGAAUUGAAUUGAUUUACAACAAUUUGAAUUGAGAAAAUUGAAUUGAGCUGAAUUUAAUUUUACAGGGCUUGGUUUGGGUAUUAGUGUAAUUUCUGGUAAUUGUAGCGUGAGAAAUGUCCUCUCUGUCUCAGCUUGCUUUGCAUGCAAUUAUUCAGAGGGGUUGCGUGGAUUCCCUUAUAACCUGAUUGGCCACGAGUAGGACUCGUUAAUUGCCUGAAAAAAAAAGAAUGUAUUGGGACUGUGAUGGGACAUGCUGUUGGUAGAUUUCUUUGCAUUUCAAUGUUGCACACUUACUUUUGAUUAGAUUCAUAAUAUUGGGAGAAUAAAGUCAUAAGACUGAGUAUUUAGUUAUUCGUGAAACAUUCAAAGUUGAUCUUAGAAUGCACCAUCAUCCUAAAGUGACUGACUGCUCAUUACUUCACUUUAUUCUUGAGUAUGUUUGACAAAAUUGCCCUUUAUACUUGUUUUUAUCCCAAUGCUGCGGUACUUUAAAAAUAAAAAUGAAUAGACAUGGGAAUAAAACACCUUUUUAAAAAAUGAAAUCUCGAUACAGUACUUACAGAGAGUAUUGUUGGUUGCGAUAGAAAAGGGUUAUUAAUGCUUAUUAUGAUAAGAUGACCACAUGUAUUUAACGCCACCCUUCUUGAGUCAACACCUCAGUGAAAAAGUCUGGAUCCACCCUGUGCCAGAAAUCAGUCCAAGAAAAUAGCGAAAAGCAUAAUUAGCCACGAUAAAACCCUGGAUUAAACUGGCGUUAAUCUGAUAAUGACUUUGCAUUGAUUCAUGUCUUCAAAUAAAUCCGCUAAAGCUCCACAUAGUUGAGCAUCAACCCCAGAGGUUAUAGAGCUCUGAGAUUGAAUUGCAUAAUGCAGGUGCACCAAAAGUGUAUUAAAACAAUAAAUCUAGAUGAGCAAACUGCAGCUGGGUUUGGGACUACAUCAUGUGAUAAAUGCUCAUGAGCGUGGCUGUGUGUACAUUUGGUGACAUAUAGAGUAUUGUGUGUUUGUGUUUGCAGUUUACCUUCUGUUUCAUCUCUUUAGCUUUCUGCCUGACUGGAUGAUCUCCUGAUGGAACCUCCUUCAUAUGAGGAGGCCCGUUUCCACCCUCCUGCACUCAGCUCACAAGGAUAUAAUAUCCCCCCUCCCCCGUCUUAUGAUGUGUCCCUCCACGCUCCCCCAACACCACCCCCCACCUAUGGAGAAGCAGGUAGGAGUAAAUCUCACUUGCCUCUUUUCACUGCAGGCGUAAGUCAAAAACAGUACAACAUCUAUCCAGGGACCAUUUGAGCCCUCUUUUAAGGCUGGAUCUCUAUUUGUUUUGCUUUGUUUUUUUCUGGAAAACUAAUGCUUUUUCUUUUCAUCAAACUCUUCAAAAUCAUUUACACAUGCCACAUAACAGUGAUUAUCUAGGGCGAUUAUUCAUGUGCAAUACGUGCCAUUUUUAAUAAUUACACACCAGUGGACACAGUCUAAAGUUACAUCCCUUAUUAAAUCCAAAAUUGAAUGAGAAAAUUAUUGUUUCUUUGUUUAUUUAGAUCCAAGUACAGUGCUCAGCAUAAAUGAGUACACCCCUUCAGAGUUGUCAGAAAACCUCUAGUUUCCUUUCAAAAUCAACAUUUUCUAUGUCAGACUAUACAACAAAAUACUCCCCCAAAUGUAGGCCAUUGAUUGCAAACAAGAUUUUUUAAGUUGCAUACCAAAAUGUUUUUCAAUUUACAAUCAGGAUGCAAAAACGAGUACAUCCCUAUCAAAGUUCUGGGAACAAAGCUAAAUUUCUGUGCUUAUUGUUAUCUGCUUCAGAAAUUGCAGAAGAUAUUAAUAUUAUUGAGGAGGUAGACUUCACCGUACAUCACACAAGCAGCCCCAAAUCACUGAUUUUAAUAUUGUUUGUUUGUUGUUUGCUCUCGUAACCCCUUACAGAACAGCUUUAAUCCUCAGGUAUUUAUGAUCUCUAGUAAUGCAUCACACAGGAGGAGGAGGAAAAACACCCUCAAUAUCUGGACUGGGGCCCAAAAAGUGACAAAAGUCUUUCUUUCUUUCCAGUAACAGUCCAGCCAGAUCCUUUUCCAGUCCUGACUCCACCUCGGCUGCCAACUUCUGCGUCAUCUCCUUCACAAAACACUGGAGUCAUCAUCCAUCCAACUACACAAAGUAGUCCAUCUCCUCUGAGUAUUUCUUUUUACAGAAUGCAAAUAAACUCAAUCAGCAUGUACACCGUGUUUCAUUUGCAUCUUAUUUUCUUCCUGUUACCCGCCCCCAUCUUUCCUAUACCCUCUGAAUGCCAGUUGGAGUAUCAUCGUCGUCUGUCGGCAGGAGACAAACACAGCCAGUGGUGACCCAGCCGCAGCCUGUUCCUGUCACAUUGUCAUACCUGGAAGACAACCCCGCCGUGGUACACUGCCCGCACUGCCGCCACGUUGUCACCAGCAAAGUCACAUACCAGCCUGGAAAGGCUGCCUGGUGCAUGUGUAUACUUCUCACCUUGAUGGGGUGAGACACAGACCCACACACACUUGAUUUCCUACGUCAGAGAGCUAAACAAAGCUUCAUCUGUGUGUGUUUUCUCUGCAUGUGUGUUUCAGGUUGGUCUGUGGUUUCUGUCUGAUCCCAUUCAUGGUACGUAGCCUUCAGGAUGCGCAUCAUUCCUGCCCGAACUGUGGAAAACAUCUUUACACAUACACGAGAUGACACCGGCAGGAUAAAUAUGACCUCUCUCCUCAAGGGUCAACCCAAAAUCUCACAACAACAUUUGUGAUGUAUUUUUGUCGGUAAUAUUGUUGGCUCACUACUCAUGAUACACAGUGAGUUUAUUUGGUUUGUAAAAAUUGUAGAAUCACAGGUUUGAAAUGUAGAUAUUGAACAAAGAUAUGGACAGAGGAGUAGAUCUUGCAGCAGGACCUGUUUGAGAAGUUUCCUCUGACAUUUUUUUACAUAUUUUACACUGAAAAAAACUUUACACACUUGCCAUACUCUCAGAAAUUCAAAUGUACUCAGCUUAUCUUUAUGGAGGUCAAAACAUGCAUGAUGCUUUAAAACAUCUCAUUUUCAUCUUUCCAACCAUUUUCAUCUCUGA